UUCUCUCAGCUGCCGGCUGGUCUGGUUGCUGUUGGUAACUUUGCUUGAUGAGAUCAGAGGGGAUCAGCUUUCAGGCAUCCAUGUCUCGUGCACUCUCUCUCUCUCUCUCUCUCUCUCUCUUGCUGUCGCUCGUUCUCUCUCUCUCUCUCUCUCUCGCUCUUUCUCGGAAAGACUGAAGUGGAACUGAAACUGGAGUUGGGCUGAAAGUGCGUUCAGAGCGGCUGGUUGUCCACCAUGAGCGUCAUGACUGCGCUGCCUUGGAAACCCUCAAUGAAGUUGGAGCAGAAGUGAGCCUGGGGGAGGUGAGGGAGAAGUGAUAGCCUCAGGACAGAUAAGCUCCAGGGAGGGAGGGAGGAGGUGGACAGCUCUCUGAGAAAAGAGUCUCUCUCUUUCAGUUGUGCUCAGAGUUGCGAGCCGCUCGUCCGUUCCUCACUGUGUCUUCUCUGUUUGUGACCGCAUCAAGGAGAUAUGCUGCUUUUUGGAUGAAGGCGUUCGAUUUCUUUCCUGGCCGCUGUUUAGACGUUCGUGGACUCAGACUGAGCAGAGAUGAAGCACACAAUGAAGACAUUUGUGGCAUGAAACCAGAUUUGUCACUCGUUUCCUUCUCCUUCAUUUCCUCCCACCACCUUUCAGUCAGUAACUCUGACCUCAGCAACACCGCAUUGAUGAGGUAACGUCGAGCUCCCGCUUCGCAGCUCCCACCUGCACAUAUACCUUAUUGCCUUCCUCCCCUUCUCCUCCCAUCAACCCCUUCAUCACAGCCAUGGGUCAGAAGAUCUCUGGCAGCGUUAAAUCGGUGGACGGUCGAGGGGAAAGUGGCAGCUCCCCGUCGUACCGACCCACGGCUCAUCGUCGCCAACACCUGGAGCUGAGGGGUCCAGAUUUCUCCAAGCCCCCCAGGCUGGAUCUCCUCCUGGACAUGCCAUGUGCCGGAAUGGAGACCCAGCUCCAACACGCUUGGAAUCCGGACGACCGCUCGCUCAACAUCUUCAUCAAAGAGGACGAUAAGUUAACGUUUCACCGACACCCAGUUGCUCAGAGCACAGACUGCAUCAGAGGGCGGGUUGGAUACACGCGAGGUCUCCACGUGUGGAAGAUCCACUGGCCUCCACGGCAGCGAGGCACCCAUGCCGUGGUGGGUGUGGCCACCUCGGAGGCUCCUUUACACUCUGUUGGGUACACCGCUUUAGUAGGGUCGGACUGUGAGUCCUGGGGCUGGGAUCUGGGACGAAACAGACUCUAUCACGACAGUAAGAACCGGUCCCACAGUUCGCUGCCUUCGUAUCCUUGUUCCCUGGAACCAGACGAGUCAUUCACACUGCCGGACUCUCUUCUAGUGAUUCUGGACAUGGAUGAAGGGACGUUGAGCUUUAUGGUGGACGGACAGUAUCUAGGAGUUGCAUUCCGUGGCCUGAAAGGAAAGAAGCUGUAUCCCAUCGUCAGUGCUGUGUGGGGACAUUGUGAAAUAACCAUGAAGUAUAUCAACGGCUUGGAUCCUGAGCCCCUGCCUCUCAUGGACCUGUGUCGACGCGCGGCCCGUCUGGCGUUGGGCCGGGAGCGGCUCAAGGAAAUCGAGAGCCUCCCUCUGCCCCAGUCCCUCAAAAAUUACCUCCAGUACCAGUGACUGACACCAGCAGAUCCAACUGGGACAACAAGGACACAGGGCAGGCCGCCUGAGACUCUGCAGAUGGACGAUGAAAGGGUGAACUUGAGGUCGCACAGAGGGGAUGAUUGAUUGAAGAACGUCCACGCUGGAGCGCCGCGGCUCUCACGAAUCCAGACAAGGACGGCGAAAGGACGACGGCGGGUGAACUGGAGGGGAGUUCAGGCUUUCAGACAAACAAUCGGACCACACCAGCUUCGUUUUUUAUUUCAGGCUGCUUUUUUUUGGUUUUAGACUUGAAAUAAAUUAUUGAUGACAGCGUCACAUCAGUGUCUCUCUCAUCCAGACUGAAAGCCCAUCCUCUGAUGGCACAGUGUUGUUAGGUGGCGAAAGAAAAACACCGCCACCUAGUGGUGAAACUAAGAAAAAACUGGACAAAGUAAGCACACUAAUCACAUCCAUGGAGGCCUUUCUGACACACACUUAGUGACCAUAUCAUUGCGGCUGAUGUCUGAUCAUCAUCCACGCUGGCACAGGUGGCCGGCAGCAGAAUCGACAUAUCCACUAAGCACAGAUGAUGUUUUUGUUUUUGACCCCAGGCCCAACCACCAGCUUGCACUGCAGACAGAAUACAUCAACACACAACUAGAAAGUGUUCAGUUCAGCACAGGACGUCCGUUCAUCAGGCAUAACAUUUACAGAGAGCGGAGCCCCUUUUCAGACAUCUAACACUGCUUCGUUGCUAUUCUUAAUCCUUCUGUUUAUUAUUUAUGAAUAAAAAGAUUCUUUGUGUACUCCUCAACAUGAGUGCAUGGAGUUCGGCAUCUAAUCGUGAAGCCAAAACAUAGUUGUGAUCUCUAACUUAUUAUUUAAAUAAUCACCAGGUAAGAUUUUUAUAUUAAUUAUCUAUAUUUGAGUCAUACAAUAUCAAACCUACCAGAUGGUAAAUUAGCAGCGUUGUGCAAGUUCACCUUAAAAAGAUCCGUUAAAACAGGUUCAGUUAAAACUAAGUUGGCUUAAAACUAAUUUGAAACAUAUUCAUCGUUCACCACGUAAAGAUUCUGAGCUAAAUGUACUCUUCCCAUGACUAGUUUAUGUUCUUUUAGAAUUUACUUUACUCAAUGCAGUCUUAGAUUGUACUUUUAAGGAUGUCAGUCACCACCAUAAGGCAUAAUGAUUGUUAUCUUGUAACAUUUCCACAGUGGACUUUGCAGCUUAAAGGCAGAGUCGGCGAUUUUUCCAGAAAUGUAACUAAGUCCCUUUUUGAAUAAUGCGCAUGCUUAAGGCCGUCUUACUUGCUUUUGUGCUCCUCAGGGGGAUCAUGUAGAAAAAUGUCCCAAAUCCACUCUGAUCUGAUUUCUUUCUAUUGAGGCCUUCCUCUUCUUCUCAUAAACUUGAACCCAGUUUACUUCUUGCGACUCACAUCCAUGUUCAAAGUAAACAAUGAGAACAGCGGAGCUACAAUGAACGGCUAACACUGAGGCUGACUGAAUACAUAAGCACUAGAAGUGCGCAGCCAGCAAGAGGAAACAAACAAGGAACAUGGACACACAUUGGCGUUAUGUGAGCGCGUCAGAAUGAUUGGCAUGUGGGACAACCAAUAGAUAAGGUGAUACCCCAGAACUUGAGGGAGAGAGGGGGGUGAGAGCAGAACCAAUCUCUGCCAUCCGGGCGCAGUGAGAGGAUUGGUCAGAUAUUUUACAGGCCUGCAGCUCUCACAGAGCUCAAAUUUUUUUUUCUGAAUACAUAAUGUAUUGACUCUUAGGAUGGAACGGCCAUUUUACCCAAUAUAACAAAGUGUCCUCUCGGUAGAACGUCUGGACCGCUCUGACCUCAUAUUAGGGAUAUUCAACAUGUGGGAUUAGGUCUGAUAUACUAGCAUGUGUGGUGUUCCCUGAGGACAAACGAGCACGCAGCCUGUUGAAUGUGACGCGUAGCCAACCAGAAAACAUGGUGAGGGAAACCCCGAGAGAAUAACAAAAAAAAAAAAAAAAACAGCUCACCUCCAUAUCAUAGUGUAGCAAACAUAGAGACCCCUGUUUGCGCUCCACUCCUUUAACCAACUUCUUUUCCUGUUAUGUUUUUUCUCUGUUAAAAUUAGCUUAUAAACUAUCACCAUUAUUUUUCCUCGUCGUCCAUGUUUAUUUACUCUGAACUCACGUUUAAUCUCGAGAGGUUUCGCAAGAUUUCCCGUCUGAUAUCUGGGGGUGAACUCAGACGUAACAAUGACGCAUUCCGACAGAGAUAGUAUAUGUUUGGCUAACAGCCUGAACCCAGCCACACAUGCACACAUAUCAGUCACCUGACUGUUACUUUUGAAGGAGAAAAAGUAUUUCUGCCAGAAAAUAGGUCAACUUUACGUUUACUUAAAAAAAAGCUUGAUAAAAUCACACUUGGUGUUCUGUUUAAGUUCAUCAUGAGAUAAACCUAAAGUCCAGAGUUUUUAACACCUGCUUGUUGGCACGCAUUUGUGCAAAACGCAGAAAAAAAAUGUUUUUUUAACAUCCUGUCUGUGUAUAGUGCUAUAAUCCAUACGUUUCUGAAUUAGAUUUAGCAAAGUUCAAAUGUUUGCCUGUAUUCUGUACAGGAUUCAUCAAUAGAGUAUUGAUGCCUUUUUUAAACCGACUUAUAUGUCUUAAAUUUACAUAGAUUACUUCAAAUGUAUCAUUUAUGAAAGACAAAUUGAGUAAGAAAAGAAAUGAUUUUAAUCAGUUUCAUCAAACCAAUGUUUGAUGGAUUUAGCUCAGAAUACCUAGGCAACAGGAAAAACUCACAUCUGAUUUAAAACAAGUCAAUAUAAAUAACGGAGACAGAACAGCGAGAAGAGAAGAGGCGUAAUUCUGACAUUCGCAUCAGGACAUUUCCUUCAAAAACAUGUCUGAGAGGGGCUUCGCUGCAAGGUCGGUUAAGAGACGCAUACCUUUUGUUUUGGUUACUCUGGUGUUUUACUGCUUCAAGAACCAGUCCUCACAUGACACUAACCCAUCUACAACAAUGUCAGAUCACAACCAAAGUAUCUCAGUGGAAGCCGUGGGGGGUGGAGCUGUGUCUGAGAGCUGCAGGCCAUGCAACCUGCGCUUUGCUCGGCACAAAGAGACGCCGGCUGUAGUUUGUAGCACCCUGCUGUAGCUCACUGGUAGCAAACAGCGUGUGUUUCCGCUCUCCACAUGACUGCUUUCACUUCCACACGAGACCAGAGUUAGACUGGCUCUUUAAGAAAAGAGAGUAGCAGGACCUAGGGACCUGGCUGUAGAGGCACGGCCGGCGUGCUGUUGGAUCAGGAUAGAAUAUAGACGACCGGUUCACAACCACAAAGACCAAUCGCGUUUUACUUCUUUAAAAAUGGCUUGAGUCACUUUUUUAACCUUUGUUUGUGUUGUUCAUUAUAAAACCUUUUCUAUCUGACGAUGAAAGGAUGGACAGUGUUUAUUUAUCACAAGCUAGCUAUGUGUUUGUGACAUUCAGGCCUAUUUUAUUUAAGCCAAGCUGGUGAUGAAGGGAGACGGAAACCUAACUUGUUUCAAUGCUGCUUUUAUUAAUUAUUAUUAUUAUUAUUAUUUUAUUAUUAUUAUUAUUAUUAUUAUUUGCGAUGGUGUUGGUCUUAACUUCUGUUUUUACUGGUUAGGACGAGAAGAAUGGGACCAUUUCAGGAUUUUAGUGAAAUCAAAUAGACAGAAAUAUGAAAUGUGAAAUAAAAGCCAAGUGACAUUAAAAAAUAUUUUUUUGCC